UCCAGGUUUGACGUUUCUCCUGGAAGAGUCUUACUUGCAAGAGAUUAACAUUUGCAACUUGGCCAGUCAGGGAGGACUGAGGUGGUACUGGACAUUUGAGCUGCAGGAACACAUUCAAGCAUUAUAAGAAGUUAUCUGUCAGUGGCAGGCUGUCUUGACUGCUCUUGCUGGCAGAGUCAAACUGGCAAGCAGCUGAGUCUUAAGUUCACCUGCCGCAUUCACCAAGGUACAAUUUCCAGGUGACAAAGUUGCUGUGAUACUGCAGAAAAGCAGCUCUGACGGAGAGUUCCAGAGGGCAGAGGACGGGAUGUCUAAUGCUGGACCUUUCGCGGGCGGGCCGGUCCAGAGGGGCGGCAGGGGGUGACAGCGCCGUGUCCGGCAGAGGGAGCGACAGUGGCAGCGGUGCUUGGGACCGCCCCGGCGCCCAUUGGCUCGGCGGCUCCAUAUGGGGCUCGGCGCGGCUCCAUAAAGGCAGCCCGUCUGCCCGUCCGUCCGUCUGUCCCCGGCCGGCCAUGCCCUCGCCACCGCCCGCCCUGCCCUUGCUCCUGGCUGCCUGCUGCCUCUGCGCCCUCCCGCGGGGCUCAGGGUUCCCGCAGCCUUUCUCGCGCUACUGGGACGGUGUGGAGCUGCCCCAAAAACAGCAACUGGCACUGUGUUUCAGUCAGUGGAUGGAAAUGUCCAAUGAACCCCAGAUCUCCAGCUCUGUUUUGGAUCUCUGUUAUUCCAUAUUCAACAGCAUGCAUAAAAAUGAGGAAUCACAGAUUGCUUCUGCAAAGUUUACAAAGAAGGACAGUCAUGGGACUCUGGGACGGCCUUUUUUCCUUUUCAGGCCUCGAAAUGGAAGAACAAUCAAAGGCAGCGAAUACCAUGGAAUAUGAAGUUCAUGAGUUGAUUUACCAGCUUGAUGACUUGGUUUACGUAAAGAAAGGAGACUUCCCAUUGCACUGGUUGUCUAUUAUG